GAAAUUUAUAAUGUCCCACAGGCUUCUCCCACGACAAGCUUCGGGGAUCAGCAUGUUAGAGAGAAACCAAAAUAGCAACCAUACUAAGACAUUCAUACUGAGGACGAGCGAAGAACGAGGGUGAAGAUCGAGCACCAAAAAGAAGCUUAAAAGUGGGUAAAAGACAGCACCAUAGACUUCUUCGCUAUUUCCACGGUCAUCAAGAAGAAUGAUGGCACCAGGGACGUAUACAUGACACCAGGUUACUUCCACGUGGUAACAAGAUUAAACUAAAAGAAGAUGAAAGAGACCGGCACAACACCCAAGCGGUUCCUCUAUCUCUAACAUAUAGAUACCUUUACCUUGUUCUAGUUGAUUCGAAUGCGCAGUUAAAAGCCCUUUCAAAUAAUCACCAUGUCCACCUUCGGUUUCGCUUUUGCGCAGCCGCCCCCUCGACAGAGGAAGGAGCAAGCUCGCAUAAAAGCGUUAAACCAAGCUGCUGCGAACAAGGCUGCAAAUAAGAACAAGCCGAAAUCCGAGAAAGCUGUGGCAUUUGAUCUGUCUUCAGCCUCCGAGGGGUCAGAUGGUGAGAACGAGAACAUGGUGUAUGGAGGUGGGAAUAGUGCUACCAGCACAGCAGUACCAUCACCGACUGACGACCUCUCAUGUUCGUCUGCGGAUAGUCAUAGUGCAGCUACUUCUUCGAUGUCUUUCUAUGAGGCAGGUGGAGCACACUCAUCACAUUCAUCACAGGGAGGUGGUUUGUCUUCUGGUCAAGCAAGUAGUAGCGCUGGGGGACAUGUUUUCAAUACCAACGGCGUCUCAGCCGCGUCAGCCAAGCGGACGCAUCUAGCACGGCGUGGACGCGCCGCUUCUGGCGGAGGAGAAACUUUAGCAUCUACUAAAACAGCUUACUCGAUGUUGAACAAAGGUGCUGGGGGUGGACCGUUGACGAGUUCAGCAUAUUUGCAGAAUUUCAUACCGGGAAAUUCAGGAGUUGUAGGCGGUGACACAACCACCACCAGUAACGGAGGAGGCUCCUCAGCAACUUCUACAACUACUUCAGCAUCAACAGCAACCUCAGGAGGUCCUACAGUCCCAGUGGGAAUCGGAGGACCUGGCGGGAUCGAUACCUCUUUAGAGCCCAAGCCGUUCCAGCCUGUGCCGUCUAUGCGAACAAGUGGUCACUAUAGUAAUGGUAUCGCUCCUUUCAGUGUGAGCGCUGCGUCAACUUCGUCUUCCUCGUCUGGCUUUUCUAGUGUACGUGGAGGAGGUCCUGGCUCGUAUAAUAAUCCUGAUACGGCGCCGAUCAUGCUGCAGUCUCAUAGUGCUGCGUCUACUGGAAGUAAAUUUCACCCGUCUACUAGUUAUCCAGGUUCGAAUUCUGGAGGUGGGAAUAUGAUCAGUAACCCUCUUCUCACCAACCACUUAAUCCCUGGUAUUAAGGCAACGCAGGGUGCAUCCUCAACGUCUCCCUUGGCUUCUCAUUUUCGACUAGGAAAAGAGGCCAAGGAAGAUGCUACCAGGGAUGCAACGGCGAUAGCUCUAAUGGUAACAAGAAGAACGCCAACGUUUUGACGCGUGCAGGCGAGUAUUUAUUGCUGAAUUUGACGGCGAUGACAACGCAUGAAGAGCGGAAACGGGUUAGGGAUUUGGGUAGGAUAACGGAUCCACAACUAGCAAUCGAGAUGUUCUUUCAUAGAGGGCAUCUGCAGUCGAUUCUGCUGCUGUGGCGUCGUCGUGGCUCCGAAUCCGACAUCUCUCGUCUCUGCCUUGCGGCUUUAGAACACUGUGCGCAAGUGAUCGGAGUUCAUGCAGCGAAGACUCGACAAGCCUCCUCCGGUGCUCCACGGUAUGUGUACAAUUUAAGGCUUUCUUACCGCCCAAUUACAUCCCGCACUACCAUCGAUCCUUAA